AUGGCGACGGCUCCACCACCAGCACCAUCCCUCCCGCCGCUGCCUGCCGGUCGCCGCCUCGCCUCCGCCGUCCGAAGCUUCCCGCCGUGCUGCGGCCGCCAGCAGGGCAAUGCGGCCCAGCCACCCCGCCGCCCGGCCCCCGUCCCCUCCGCCGCCAACGACCCACCACCGCGCAACCCCUACGCGCGCGCGGCCACCAAACCCUCGUCACCCCCCGCCGCGGCUCGCCUCCCCGGGGCCAAGGGGCACGAUCGCGGCGAGGCGGACGGGCCGAUGGCCGGGACCAGGGCUCCGGCGGCCGCGGAGGUGGUCACGCGCCGCCUCUCGGCCGUGCGGAGGUACCCUCCGGGCUGCGGGAGGGUCGUCGCGGCGCCCAAGCCAGAGGCCCCGGUGGCGGUGGCGCGAGAGGAGGACGCCGGCGCUAUCGACCUGCUGGCGGCGGUGUGCGACGUGGAGGCCGAGGCGCUCGCCGCUGAUCGGAAGGCCGACGGCUCUGAUGGUGAGGGGAAGGGUGGAGGAGACGGUGACGGCGCGCUGGCGGGGUGCGGCAGCCCUGGCCCGCCGCGGGACAUGGCCGAGAUCGCGCUGGUGCCGUGGGCGCAGUACGGGCAGAGGUCGCAGCAGCGGCGCAAGUCUUUUGAGGGGGGACUGUGA